UUUUAGGCGCGAUGAACCUCGAGGAGCGCUUGGCGCAUCUGCAGUGGCGCAAGGUCUGCAACGAGAGCCAGAUCCAGGGCGCGCUCAAGCAGACCAAGCAGCUUGUCGACCGGGAUACGCUCCUGAACGCGACCGAAUCCAAAGAUGCGUCCAAGUGGGUUCGCCGCGUCGUGCAAACCGAGCUCGCCAAGCCCCUCGAGAUAUCGCUCGAGCAGUACGAGCAGAUUUUGCGCGAGAAUGACGCCGAGAGUGCGGCGCUGGAGCGAGCGAGCGCGCUGCAUGCCAACAGCGUAGCCGCGAUCCAGGCGAAAAUGAAGUUGCGAGAAGAGCACGCCAAGCGACUGCGGCAUUACCGCAAGCACAAGCAGCUCUUUCUCAAGCAAGAUGACGCGGCUGCUAGCCCCCAUCGCCAUCCCCACAAGGACAACAACGAGUCGCAUCCGAGCAGAGCCAAGCACUAGCCAUCGUUUUGCAUCGUUCAUAUUACACUCUUCAUUGAAAAGGACACUCGGUUGAGAGAAUAUGCUCACUUGAACGUCA